CAAGCUCAAGACGGGCGUCUCCUCGGUCGCCUGGUGGUGGAAAAUAUCGCCUCGCCCACGCCGCUUGACUUGAUUGUCUCCCUUCCACCAACGAUAACGGUCUAAUCCUGGUUCAUAACCAGUCUUCGGCACCGACGCCUUUCUUCAGUAUCCAUUGCUCAUCUCCAUCCCGUCUUCUCUGUCUCCAUCUUCCCAAGCCUCCUUCGCUUCGUCUCCAGUUCUCUGAAGGUAUCCACUGAGGACAAUCCACUGCCCUUGUCCGUCAGCUCCAUCAGGUAUCGUCAGGGAUCCAGUCCCGCCUAUGUACGUCCCUUGUUUCGCUUCGACCAUCUGAGUCGGCUCAAACACCAUCCCAUCGGUCAAAUAUUCAUCGCUUGGCACUUGUUAGCGACUGUACAUACAUACUCUGGGUCUUGGCCUGGUCUUAGUCUUUGCAUCACUUCCCUCAUCAACCUUCAUCCGUCCCAUCAUGCUAUUACUGCCUCGCCUGCACUGCGCCUUAUAGCCCCAGGACAUAUAAUUCUUGCUCUGAUUAGUCGCCUUCAUUCAUAGGUGAGCGAGUACCCCCCCCGAAAACUCAAAACAGUCCUACCAUCCUUUCUACCUUCCUCUUUCUCUUCUCUCAUCAAACCUCAAACUUUACCCCAUACUCGGGAAAUCAUCCCCACAACAAAGGAAUUUCCUGCUACUUUCUCUGAACAGACCUGGAAUUGGAGCUACAACAGCAACUCAAAGCACGAACCGCCGCCAUUCUACCAUUUAAUACCAAAAUCCUCAUCGCGACAACGUCGAACGUUGCGCCGUAUACGAGAAACCCACCGAGAAUCGAUAACGAACUUGACCAAGUCCCGAAAAUCAAUCAUCGAACCUCCUAUCAAGAGAAACAUCUUCCAGCGCAUUCAAGGCACCUGCUUGGGACGGCAGUGCAUUCAGUGUAGACAAGGACACUGCGAAUAGCUUCAGCGCAAAGCCGUAAUAACGACGGAGCUCGAGUUGGAACGUUUCUGCCGCACCGAAAAAAGAAACCAUACAAAAUGGCCGCCGUUCAAUCGAUAUUAGCGGAAACCCUUCCCGGACCGACGCCCUCAAUUGCCUUGAAUGGCGCCACCGAACCGACCACUAUGCACAUCGACCGGCCGAGUUCGAGUCCAGUAAUGGUCAACGAGAGCACGUUCGGAAGCACACCAGCAAAAGGAGACUCUAGAAUCGUCGUCAUUGUGUAUGGACCAGGCCAAGAACACAUCGUCUCGGUCUUCGCAGAGGUGCUGGGCACGCCAUGCAGGACACGGAAUGGGUUCGAGGAGGUUUCGUCUGAGGAUUCUGGUUUCGUUGUAGGAGUCGCAGCAAACGAAGCGAAAGGAGACGUUGCUGCGCGCAAUCGUAAUCUCGUUGUUGCAAUAAAUACUCACUGUGUGAAUCUAGGGAUGCCUCCCGACACCCAACUUUCCACCCAUUGCGACUACGAAUUCCUCUAUACCGAAUCCCCGUUCUUCCGUCGCGACCUGGCUAGAUUUAUCUCAUUUACUUUGGGUCAGAUCAACUACCACGAAGCUCUCAUGGCAAAGCCAAGAACCUAUUUCAUCUCCACCACCUUCCCGGAUGUCCACGCCGCUCUGCCUAAUAUCGAUAUCCUAACUGUUGGCGCUGAUGCGGUUGAGAUCAGAGUUGAUUUACUUAGAGAACCCCUUGGCGAUGGCAGCUAUUCGGAAGUUCCCAGUCUCAGCUAUGUUGGAGAACAGGUCAUGCUCCUCCGCCAGCGGACAGAGCUUCCCAUUAUCUUCACGACACGGUGUGUAAGAGAGAAUGGAAGGUUCCCCAUGGACAAACCCGAACUGUACUACGAAUACCUCUACCGCGCGAUUCAAUGGGGUGUAGAAUACAUCGACGUAGAACUUUGGCUUCCAGAAGAGAUCCGCAAGAAGCUCCAUGAGCAGCGGGGAAACUCGCGCAUCAUGUCGGCGUUCCACGACUUUUCAGGCAAUUUCAGAUGGCCGUCGGCGUAUGCUCAGGAGGUAUUCCAAAGAUCUAUACCCUACGCGGAUAUCAUCAAAAUGAUUGCUAUAAUCAACGAACACAACGAGAACUUUGAGCUAGAGUAUUUCCGUUCCAAGAUGCGUGCCGAGUACCCCAAUGCGCCACCAUUCUCCGCCGUCAACAUGGGCGAAGUCGGCCAGUUCUCAAGGACUCUGAACCCUGUCUUCACACCUAUUACCCACCCACUUCUUCCUCUCAUCGCUGCUCCUGGGCAAUUGAGCGCUGCCGAGAUCAAUGCUGCUUUAUCACUUCUGGGUCAGCUUCCAAGAAAGCGCAUCUAUGGCAUCAACAGCUCGUCGUCUCGAAACGCCACGCCGCAGGCUCCCUUCUAUGAAAAGUGUAUAAACGAACUGGGUCUUCCGCAUCAAUUUGCAGUUGUGGAGAGACAUCCAAACAACCCAAGGAGUUUAGAGACAUGGUGCAAUCAGAAACAUUUCGGAGGCGCCUAUCUCAACCCGGGUCUACCACAUAAUGCAUUGACAAAGAUUAGCCCCUUCUUUGCUGGGUUGAACGGUGGCAAUGGGCCAAUCUUGACGGAGGCGGCUCGUGUUAUUGGAGUUGUAGACACCAUCGUGGUCCAGUCAGGUACCUCGUCCAGAUCGUCAUCUCCGGGCUCAAUGCCAUCAAGUCCACGACAACGGCAGAGUGACUCGGUUGAUCUCGGCAGUCAGUCUGGUCUAGGCUCGUCGACCUCCCUUGUAUUCGACAAUGCUGGAUGGAAGGGUAUUCUCAGCACACUUACAAGAGACCUGGCGCCAUCUGCGUACUUCGGCCGCUCGGCUGUUGUCAUGGCAUCUUCUUCAGAUGAUGCAGCUCCUGUCUUCUUUGCCAUGAGAGCUCUCAAGAUCUCCAAGAUCUAUACUGUUGGCUUCCGUACACCUAGCAAUCUUGCUCGAAAUGCGCCUCCCAUCGAACCGUUUAUCAGCCUCGAAAGUCUGCAACGUGCCCGCUCAGUAGAAGACGACAGUGCGCCUUUUGUCAUCGUGUCAGCUCUUGGUUCGGAAAAGAGUCAUCUGGUUGGUAUGUUGUUACGAGCCUUUGGAGGAGUCGGACCCAAGGGAACAACGAACACGAAGAAGGUGUUUCUUGACCUGGCAGACGGAGCUGUCAGGAAGAGUUCUGACCCAGGGCUCAUCGCUGAGAAGAACGGAUUUGCUGCCUAUGGAGCGGACGAUGUCGCAGCAUUCACAACGGUCGAAAGCCUGAGGUUACUCGUGGGACAAAAUGUGCCCUAUAGCUUCGUUAGACUGGCAAGCGGAAGCCAUCGCUACGGCGUUUGAAAGGAGUCGCGCAAGAUUUGCGAAAAAGAUCACGUCAAUCACCGACGACGCCUGUUCGCCAGAAAGGAGAACAGUGACGAUACCUGCUUGGCUCAUCUGCUAUCGGGGUCAAUCGACUCUGGGGCAUUGGCGACAGAAUAGGAUGGAUGUCCGAAGCGCCCCAGGCUAGGCGCUUGAAGCCAAAAGAUAUCCACGAGGCUUCCGCUACAAAAGGCCAAGCCGGGUAACAAACAAGGAACUGUCCCCGUUAUAUGCGCGCCAAAGGUUCCUGACGCCAAGCGCCGACUGCCAUCGAGACCGUCUGGGAACUCUCUUUUGACUGUCUGCCAGCGAAGAGAGUCUUCGCCACAUUAGACUUAUCGCGGUCUGGCUUCCGGUCAUAGGGGUGUUCGAGAUGAGCCGCUCUAGGCGGCUGUCGUGGGUGAGGGAAAGUCGCAGAGUUGCAUCUUGGACGGAUGCCGAUCUGGUGUGCAGACGACCCCUGCUAAACAUGUACAGGGGGCCCUAUAGAGUGGGCUCUUAUUGCAACGGCGGCGGCGUGAACCGUUACCACCAAUUCUAGGUCCGCCGACCUCCACAGAUAUGAGCGCGGAGGUUCAACUUUUUUCGUUAUGAACCUUCCCGAUCUGUUACAUAUUUUUUUUAACUAUGGGCUAUAACCAUCUAAGUAUAGACCUGCCCAUGCAAGAUUGGCUACGAUAUGAGGAUACAAGAUGUAUACGAGAACCAGUGGGUUGGAAAUCACCUAUAUGUCAGUCAAAUAUUACAUAGACGCUUCUGGCAAAUAUCACCGAAGCCCAAGAUGAUGACGAGAUUUGAAAACAGUUUGCUCCACUAUUUGAUGUUAUUUUCUUUUUGUGUACUCAUUCAAAGUUUUGGAAAGUCUGAGGAUCCUCGUCACCCUGCUGACCAUCUCCUUGGCAGGUUGUGCCCAUCUGAGAACGAGGCCAUUAUCUGGUUCGAUUAAGACUCACUGAUGUUUUGCAUACGGACCACCAUCAUUUCUCAUAAACUUUUAGCUGCAAGACUUGUCCUGUAGCGUAGCUCCGCAAGGUUUCCGGGAGCCCUUGCCAAAUGCCUCA